AUGAGUCAAUCGAACCUUCUCGCUACUACCACCUCUUCCAACCACCACCAUCAACAACACCGAAAGAAAAUCUAUACCGUGGAUGGAACUGUAUUUGAGGUGGAUGAUCACUACUCAAUUAUAAAACCCAUCGGAUAUGGUGCCUAUGGAUUUGUAUGUUCAGGAAUUGAUAAGAAUACAAACGAAAAAGUGGCUAUCAAGAAGGUUCCUAAGGUGUUUCAAGAUUUGGUAGAUGGAAAGAGAAUACUUCGCGAAAUUGAAUUACUCAAAACGUUCCGUCAUGCCAAUAUCAUUUCUGUCAAAGAUGUAAUGACCAUUCCCGAUAAAAACACCUUUAAUGAUGUUUAUAUUGUCAAUGAACUGAUGGACACUGACCUUUAUCAAGUGAUCAAAUCGAAACAAGAACUAUCAACAGAACACAUUCAAUACUUUGCUUAUCAAAUUCUGAGAGGGUUGAAAUAUAUUCAUUCAUCAAAUGUGCUUCAUAGAGAUUUGAAACCAAGUAAUAUUUUGGUCAAUGAAAACUGUGAUGUCAAAAUUUGUGAUUUAGGCCUUGCACGAGGAUUUGAUGAUCACAGUGAAAUGACAGAAUACGUUGUAACAAGAUGGUACAGAGCUCCCGAACUCGUACUCAUGUGUAAGGAAUACAAUUACGCAAUCGACAUUUGGAGUGUUGGAUGCAUUUUGGCAGAAUUAAUUGAACGAAGACCAAUAUUUCCUGGCAAAGAUUAUAUUGAUCAAAUCAAUUUAAUUACUGAUGCUUUAGGUACUCCAAACGAAGAAGACAUGGAACACGUGAAACAUUCUGAAGCUCGUCGAUACAUUCGAAAUCUACCAAAGAAAAAACCCAUCCCAUUCAAACAAUUAUUCCCCAAAGCUAAAAAGGAAGAAUUAGAUAUUCUUUCCAAGAUGUUACAAUUCAAUCCAAAAAAGAGAAUCUCAGCUGAGGAAGCUCUUGCUCAUCCUUAUUUUGCAUCGUUACAUGAUCCUAAAGAUGAACCAUCUUCAAACAUUUCUUUUUCAUUUAAAUAUGAAAAUGUAGAUAUUACUGAACCAGAAUUGAGAGAUUCAUUGUAUGCUUUGGCUUGUUAUUAUCAUCCAGAGAUGUUGCAACGCAAGUAA